GGGUCUGACGGCGAGUUAUGAGCUCGAGUGCGCCGGGGACUGUACGCGACCCGACGACGCCCCCCCGGAAGAGGUCUCUGCGACGCGCGCCAUGCCCCAAGAGGCGGCGGUCUUAUCGCCGCGGGGAUUCCCCCGUCGGGGUCGGCAGCGGCCUUCGGAGAGACGCGCGCCCCCUGUCUGCUUUUUUCCCCCCGGGAGAACCCCAUUCGUCCGCGUCGAACAAACCGAGCUCCGUCAAACUGUAACCGUGGAUGAUUAGAGUGCGUGAGUUUUACGAACGAAAUUUUUUUUUAACUCCGUGUGGGUGACUCGAGUGGCGUGAAAACCAAGCUGAUCGAGACUGCGUGCUCGCCCCGGCUGAACUCUCCCAUGGAAGCGGCGACGGAAGGGGCCGUCGUCAACAUAAACACGAGCUUGGAAACCUGCGUGGAGCGUUACGAGGACUUCGUGAUCCCGGAAGGAGAUGUGUACUGCAACUGGACGUGGGACCUGGUGCUGUGCUGGCCUCCCACCAAGGCGGGGACCACCGCGCGUCAGAGCUGCCCGCGAGACAAGGGCAUCGACCCCUCCAAGUUCGCGUACAAGCGGUGCUCCGUGGACGGGCGCUGGGAGGGCAGGGAGCCGGGGGACUACGGCAGUCCUCAAGGCUGGACCAACUACACGUCCUGCUUCACGCCCGAGAUGCUGCAGCUCAUGAGGAAGCUCUACGCCGGCUCCGAGGACGCCGCCAAGGUGAAGCUGGACAUCGCCGAGCGCACGCGGGCCCUGGAGAUCGUCGGCUUCAGCGUCUCUCUGACGGCUCUGCUGCUGUCUCUCGCCGUGUUCUGCCACUUCCGGAGCCUGCGGAACAACAGGACGCGCAUCCACAAGAACCUGUUCAUCGCCAUGGUGAUCCAGGUGGUGAUCCGGCUGACACUGUACAUCGACCAGGCGGUGAUCCGCGGCGAGCAGGUCGAUCACCAGGCGCCCGGCUUCCGACCUGCGCGGCAAGGCAUCGACAACACGCCGGUGCUCUGCGAAGCAUCGUACAUACUCCUGGAGUACGCGCGGACGGCCAUGUUCAUGUGGAUGUUCAUCGAGGGACUCUACCUGCACAACAUGAUCACACUGACGGUAUUCCAGGAGAAGUCCUACUACGCCGUCUACACCGUGAUCGGCUGGGGCGGCCCGGUGGUGAUGACGGCCGCGUGGGCGAUCACUACUGCGCUGCUGUACGGCUCCUCCAAGUGUUGGUGGGGCUACAAUCUAACUCGGUACUUCUGGAUCCUGGAAGGUCCUCGCCUUGGCAUCAUUGUUCUGAACUUCCUCUUCUUGCUAAACAUCAUCCGUGUGCUGGUGGUCAAACUGCGGCAAAGCCACACCAGCGAAAUAGAACAAGUGAGGAAGGCCGUACGCGCCGCGGCGGUGCUGCUGCCCCUGCUGGGCAUCACCAACCUCGUCAACAUGGCGGACGCUCCGCUCGACCGCUCCGUGUGGGAGUUCGCGCUCUGGUCGUACGUCACGCACUUCCUCACGUCCUUCCAGGGCUUCUUCAUCGCCUUCCUCUACUGCUUCAUGAACGGCGAGGUGCGGGUGGUGGUGAUGAAGAGCGUGUCGGUGUACGUGUCGCUGCGCCAGCACCACUUCGCGCCGCGCCGCAACUCGGCCUUCUCCGGGGUGUACAUC